AUCCCCCUCGCCCGUCUCUCUGCGGUUAGCUCGAGGCUAAAGCUAAAAACAACGUGAGCGUGUUGAAAAUGCACCGGCUCAGAGAUCUGCUGAACGAGAGGCUGAUUGCGGCUGCGGAGGAGAUCUUUGCGCUGUUUGAAGGGACGAUAGCGGAAUAUGAAGAGGAACUGCGCCGCUCCAAAGAGGAGAACCAGAGGAAACAGGAGGCCCUGGACUCGGUUCUGAACCCGAGAGUCGUGCUGCACAGAGCGGCACCAGCACAGUCCGUGUCCAGACUGCCACUAUUACCCCACUCAUAUGAGAUUACACCCUCAUCUACCGCCAGCGUUCAGAUUCCCUCAGUGAAAACUCUGACUGUCCCUGAUGAGAUUAAAGAGGAGCCAGAGGAACAGACCGUCAAACAGGAGGAAGAACAGCUACAAGUGCUUGUCCCAGAGUUCAGUGGAGUCCAUGUGAAGACAGAAGCGUCCCCACUGUUUGAACAAAGACAAAGUGAACCCAGAGAGGACACACUGGGAGAGGACAUUAGGACUGAGGGAGACACAGAGCUCUUUGACAAUGAUGAAGACUGCAGAGCUCCAUUCAGCUGUUCAGAGGCUGAUGGAGACCACUACAACCAAGUCCAGGUCAGAGCCACUACAGAAAACUCCAGUCUAUUCUCCAUAUACAAGUCUGCCCCAGAGACCAGUGACGACAAUGGAGACAUGUCAGGAACAGCCGAAGGAGCAGAGAAGAAGAAACACCAAUGCUCUAUUUGUCUAAAGAGAUUUGCAUCAAACCGAAAUUUAAAAAUCCACUUUAGACUUCACUCGGGGGAAAGACCACACAGCUGUUCUGUCUGUAAUAAAACUUUUGCCCAAAUUGCAGCACUGAAGUACCACUUAGUAACACAUACAGGAGAAGUACCGCUCAGUUGUCCAGUCUGUGACAAAGGAUUUCGGAUGAGAUCUCAUCUCAAAGCCCACAUGACCACGCACACAGGUGAAAAACCUUACAGCUGUUCCUUCUGUCUGAAGGCCUUCUCACAGAAAUCUCAGCUGAGCGACCACCGAAAGAUACACACAGGGGAGAAACCUUACAGCUGUUCGCUCUGCGGCAGGGCCUUUAUUCAGGCGAAGGGUCUGCGGUCACACAUGGGAACACACCGGUAAAAUACAGUCAAAAUACUCCGGUGAAACCAAAGCCAAAGCAAUGAGCAGUGAUUUUUAGGUCUAUGUCAAUGAAUUAUUUAUUUAUUUUUUUUCCUUUUAGCUUUGUUCAUGUUAUAACCAUGUUAUAAUGUCCCUCAUCAAAAGUGUGCCUUAAGAGGUUUUAGAUGUCCUCCAUACAUGUUUUGGUAAGUUAGCGAUCUCUCCCGGGCUCUGUUCAAACCCUCCUUGUGGUUAGCUGUAAGACUGUGCAAGCCUACAUCACCCAAUUGAUGCCAUGUGCAGUUGUUUGAUUAGCGAGAUCCAUGCAGACUGUAUUGUAAUAGUGCUCUGAAGGGGGAGUGAUGUUAUUACAUUGUUUUCUGUGAGCCCUUUCUUUCAGCUUCAGAACAUGUUUGUAGAGAUGUAAACUCCAAGAUUAGCAGUGCGUGCACAUAUACAUAACAUGACUCUACAACGAUAAAGACACAAAACAUUCUGACCUUAAGACAGACGCAAGUAAGCACUGUCAUUAAAGUGGCGUAAUUAUAACUUCUGUUUUAUAUUUAGUGUAGUAACAGCAUAUGUGAUACACUAUGUAAUGUGACAUUAUCACUAUGGCCUUAAAAGAGAAGAUCUUAAUUAUUUAUUCCCUUGAACAUAUUUUAUUGUUGUCAGAAGGAGCAUUAAGUCAUAGUUUGUGAAAACAAUGACUGAAAACAAAUGGAUAUGUGAAUUGUCUGUCCAUGUGUAUAUACUGUGUAUAUUUUAAAGUGUUUUUAACCAAUUAGGUUGGCUGUGUUUUCCAUACAGUACACUUGCAUCCAUUGUACAG